AUGGGCAACAGCACCUCAAAGUCCUCCUCGGUGCGCUCCAAGUCGACUAUCAAAGAAGCCAUCGAAUCUAUCAAUCGCCAGAUUGACUACCGUCCCGCAGAAGCUGACGCUCUACAGAAGGAGCUCCAAUGUUUGAAGGUUGGGCAAGGACAAAUCACUGGAAACUCGCCUACCACAUCAGUCUACAUUGACCGAAAGAAGAUGUGUUCCGGCAACGGUAUUGGAUGUGAGAAGCAUCAGUACAACGGGUAUAGAAAGUAG